AUGGUGGUACACUCUGUCCAUGAUAUGAACCCCGCUCGCCUCAACGCGAUUAUGCCAGCCCUUCAACGUAUGGAAGAAGAUCCAGCAUUUCUCGAACGCACCAGGCACCGUUUCGAUAAUAGCGACCCGCCUCCACCAUAUUCAUCCGGCAGCAUCACCCGGCUACCGACACCUGACCCAUUUCAACCGGUCGCAAACAGCAACAACCUCGACAAGCCCCCUCGCAAGCCGAAAAAGGAUCGGAUCGAAGAUGAAUACUGCAAGCGGGAUGAGAAUCGUAAGCCGCUUUAUCAUGGACCCAGUUUGCAUGGGCGUGCUGGGCAACAGAGGCUUCGGAUCAUGAUCAGACACAGCAUCAAGAAGCGAUGGGAACGCCUUGGAGUGUGGCAGCCGGAAUGGGGUAUUCCCAGACGCGUACGUUGUCGGGAUAACGACGAACCUACCAAUUGGUGUUGGAGGCGGAACGGUUGUUGGAAGCGAGACGACAUACCUUAUGUAGAGCGGAAAUUUGAUAGCCUACCGCCGGAGGUACAGAUGGCCAGCUGGCCUUCGUUGGAUGAAGAGCACCCGAGCGAGCGAGCAGUCCGAUUGUACCUCAAGGAAAGAGGCGAAUGGGAUGAAACGCUUGAUCCGCCACCUCCAGUGGCAGGCUCAACCUUGUCGUUUGCGGUCGACGACAGGGAUCUGAUCAUAACCCGUCCCUGGUUCAUGUGGCAUGUUGAGAUUCACGACGAAGAGAUGAGACUGAGACGACACUCGAAUUGCUCAGAGUUCUGGCAUACGUCGCGGAGGAAUGUGGCUACGAGAUGGAAAGAAAAGGGAUGUUGGAAGGACAGCUGGGGUGAUGAGCCAGGUUGGAGAUGGAGACACGAAUCGCCGUCUCCAGAACCUCCGGACCCCAGCUGCAUGGAGUUCACGCCAUGCGAGAUUGAUGCGUUCGAGGAGAUACCUCCUCCAUCUCCACGGCCCGCACCGAAUCCCGUGCGUCCCAUGUCUCUCGCUGAGCCGAGGACAGUACCGCGUGUUAGGUUAUUUGAAGGACUUGACUUACCGAUACCACCGCUCUCAACGGCUUGCAGAGACGAAGCAGACGCGGAUGUUCAUAUACCGGAAGCAGCAGCUCAUGGCUUCAAGAAGUCUGUUGGGAAUCGCUCCACAGUUUCCAAGGAGACACGGCCCACCCGGCAGGCAUCACGAGCGUUGGUGGAGCCUUCAAAGAUCAGCAAGCCAACUCAACCUCCCCGUCGCAGUGCCCGGAUCAUGGCAAAAGCCCCCCGUCGUAGCGCCCGAAUCAUGGCAAGAGAACAACAGUUAAAAAAUGCUCCGGUGCUAUCCAACGACAAAAAGGAUCCGCCCCCGCAGCGGCGGCAGAGGAAGAGUCCGACAAAAGCGAUAGAAAGGAAGAAGGCCCGUACAAAUGCGAAUCGUCCCGCUGCUGCCACAGCAGCAUCGAAACCUCGUGGGGUCACAAAAAGAAAAGGUCGCAGCCGUGCAUGA